AUGAGGCACGUGCAUUUUUUUGAUCAGUUUGGUUUUGUAGUCAUUGCAAAUGUUUUCACACCACAGCAAUGCAAAGAUACGAUCUCGGAUAUCUGGAAUGUGAUCGAAUCUUUUGUAGAACAACCUGCACGUCAGAAUGAAAAACUUUGGGACUCACAACUUUGGAGUAGAACUGGUAUAGUAAAUGAAGGCAUCAUUGGUAAUGCCAGUCUUUGGACUCGAAAAAUCUUGUUGAAUCGACAAACACCAGCAUUGCACACCGCUUUUGCAACUAUUCUUGGAACGAAAAAACUUUUGGUUAAUCAAGACCGCUAUGGAAUGUUUCGACCCGCCAAGGAACAUCCAAAACGAGCAACAAUGACCAAUCUUCAUUUAGACAUGAAUCCAUGGAGAUAUUUCAAAGAUAAGGACAAUUCGCAUCAAGUCAAAGUUCUUACUUCAUUGAGUUACAAGUAUGAUCAUGAUUGGAUUACGGAAAAUAAUGAACCUGGCUGUGACACAGUUGGAGAACGACACGUACAGGGUCUAGUGAACCUUGCUGAUAAUCUAGAAGAAGACGGUGGGUUUUGGCUUUGUCCUGGCUUUCAUCGCUAUCUAGCACAAUGGACAACUGAGCACAAAACAUGGUCCUCGGAAUACGGUCUCUAUUCCAUGUUCAAUGUCUUUUACGAGUAUGAUAUUCCGGAGCUUUUUGCCACGGCUUGUCAUGUUUCUAGUCGUGCUGGUUCAGCUAUUCUUUGGGAUCAACGUACAAUGCAUGGAUCACGAGCGAAUAGUAGUCUUCGUCCUCGUUUUGCUCAAUUUUUCAAAAUGUUUCCUGCCGAGCAUCCUGCUAUGAUACCGGAGCGUGCUGAAAACCGACGAAAGGCACUUUUAGCUAAACUUCAAGCUGUCAACAUUGAUCCAGAAAUAGAUCUUACCCUGUUAGGACGGCAGCUAUUUGGACUUACAAAUUGGUCUGAUUAA